CUCCUACCCAAUAUCACCUUUGCCCCUUUUAUAUACUACUACCUCCUCUCAUGGCUCUCAGUAGGAAGCCCUGAUCUCCUCUGAUCAGCUUGCAAACCUCAAUUAAUUGUAGCUGGUUCAUCUCUGCUGAACUGCGAGUGAGAUCUGAGCUCUGAAGAAAGUUGCAGCUAGCCUUGCAGGUAGAUCGGGUGAAGAUGUAUCACCCACAGUGCGAGCUGCUGAUGCCGCAUGAGAGCCUGGAGCUGGACAUCGGCCAGUCGCACCUCGCCGCCGCCGUCGCAGCCAUGCCGGGGGAGCUCAACUUCCACCUCCUCCACUCCCUCGAAGCUGCGGUUGCUGCUGCUGCCGCCUCCUCCACUGGCGCCACCUCCCAGCCCACCGUGGACUACUUCUUCGGCGGCAGCGCCGAGCAGCAGGCGACGGUGGUGCAGUACGACCAGCUGGUGGCGCCGCCGCACCACCAGACGGUGACCAUGCUGCGCGACUACUACGGCGGCCACUACCCGCCGGCGGGGGCGGCGACCGAGGCGUACCUCCGUGGGCCAAGGACCGGGUCGUCGUCCCUCGUGUUCGGCCCGGCCGACGACGAGUCGGCGUACAUGGUCGGCCCCUUCGACAGCUCCCCGACGCCGCGCUCCGGCGCCGGAGGUAGGAAGCGCAGCCGCGCAAACGCUGGAUUUCGUGGUGGCGGGCCGGCCAACGGCGUCGAGAAGAAGGAGAAGCAGCGCCGGCAGCGGCUCACCGAGAAGUACAACGCCCUCAUGCUCCUCAUCCCCAACCGCACCAAGGAGGAUAGGGCGACGGUGAUCUCGGACGCCAUCGAGUACAUCCAGGAGCUGGGGAGGACGGUGGAGGAGCUGACGCUGCUGGUGGAGAAGAAGCGGCGGCGGGGGGAGCUGCAGGGGGACGUGGUGGACGUGGCGCCGUCGGCGGUACUGCUGGAGGCGGCGGAGAGCUCGGAGGGCGAGGUGGCGGCGGCGACGACGGCGGCUGCGGUGGUGGUGCCGCGGCAGCUGAUCCGGAGCACGUACAUCCAGCGGCGGAGCAAGGAGACGUUCGUGGACGUGCGGAUCGUGGAGGACGACGUGAACAUCAAGCUCACCAAACGCCGCCGCGACGGGUGCCUGGCCGCCGCGUCGCGCGCGCUCGACGACCUCCGCCUCGACCUCGUCCACCUCUCCGGCGGCAAGAUCGGCGACUGCCACAUCUACAUGUUCAACACGAAGAUUCAUCCGGGGUCUCCAGUGUUUGCAAGUGCAGUGGCCAGCAGGCUGAUUGAAGUGGUGGAUGAGUACUAGCUAUCAUGCUAAUUUAGCCAACCGAUAUACGAUGCAAGUUUAAUUCUACGCGCUAGCUAGCUAGGGUUCUUGGAUGCAUGAGUAGAUCUUAAAUUUCCCUUUAAUUUUAGACUGUUAAGUUUAAUCUGGAUUGUUAGACUUAUUAGCUAGCUCUGUUUGGGUCUUUGGUAUAUGUCAUGGUUGCAUGUAUUUGGUCUACUUGGAUAAAUAACUGAUGCUCUAAUUGAGAUGUUACUACACACUUAAUUGGAUUAAAUAUUUCAGUAAUAUAUUACUCGUGCAUGUAGGUUGCACUUCCAGUACAGUAGUAGAUAGACCGGUAGGCAUGAAAUUGGGUUAGGUGAGUGCUUGUUCAG